AUGGCAACUAAAGGAAAUCUUCAAAGACGGCAAGCACAGGCUCAGGCCCAUAAAGCUCAAGCCCAAAAGCAAGGAUAUAAGCUUCCUGACUUUUUGGUAACUUUUAUUUAGCUUGAUGACUUGCGAGCAGCUGUUGCUUUAUAUGAAACUGAAGACCAACCUGGGGUCAUUCAAAUGAACCAUGUAAGAGGAAUUCUCUGAAACUUCGGCUUUUGGCGUAUGACAAGCAAGGACUUCGAAAAAGAACUCCAGAGUCAUGAUAUUGACCCUAGAAGGACUUACUUAGAAUGAAAUGAACUUCUUAAUAUUGUUACUCGUAGAUACCACCAAGGGGGUAGAGAACAAGAAAUCAAAGACACUUUUAAAAUUUUUGACAAAAGAGAAAGAGGAUAUGCAAAUGUAGCUGAUAUUAGAGCAGCUUUGCAGAGCAAGCUUGAAGUGCCUGUCACUGAAAGUGAAGUUAAUGAAAUGUUUGAAAUGGCAGGAAUUGACCCAAACAAUCCAAUUACGAUGAAUGAUUUUAUGAAUGUAAUGAAAAGCUUUUAA